UUGAUGUAUCGUGGUUUGUUUUUGUCUGAAUUGUGAUGUGAUUAUAAUAAAAUAUAAUAAAAUUAAUUCUGCUGGAACAUCAUACAGAAUUAAUUCAAGAGAUAAACUAAGAAAUUGGCGACAUUUUUCAGUCCACUGGUAUCAGAAUAUGAUGGAAAAUGAUUCAACAACCCCCUACAUCAUUCAAAUUGAUGAGCCUUUCCAGACCAUCCAUUUAUCAGAAGAACUCAAUAAUCUUGGAAUAGAAAUUGGUCCAAAUACAGAACUUGCCACUUUAAGUAUGAUAAACAAUCCUCAGAUUGUGGUGGAAUCUACAGAAAUUGUACAAGAAACUGCGGAACCUGUUCAACAAAACUUCGGCGUUUUGAACCCAGAAGAACAACCAUGUAUUGUUCAAAUAGUAUAUCCUCAAGAUCUGUGUUUGGGUCCUAAACAAAAUGCUGGUAAACGCGGACGGCCAAAGAAGAAGCAAGAGAAAACACAAGUUAGUAAUGAUGUUAUAUCUCCUCAGCCAGAAAUUAAAAAAGAUCCUCCAAAAUCAGCAAGAACAAGGUCUGGGCGACUUGUAAAAUUACCAAAAUACAUUGAAAAGGAUUUUAAAAAGAUUGAAACGACCACGCAACAGCAUGAUCUGCAGGUAUCAGAUUUUGAACGAUUUGAGGAAAAAGAAAAUUCAAAAGUGGAAUUUCCUGAAGUUCAGACAAAAAAGCGAGUUAUAUCAGCCCAGUAUAAAUGUCCAAAAUGUUUUAAAGCAUACCUGGGUAAAAACAAGAUGAUUCAACAUUUAAAAAAGUAUCCAGAUCAUGGACCCCUUCCUGAAGGUUAUCAAGAAUUUAAUUUUGAUGUUUGGAAUUACUUGUUUGAUAUUACUCAGAAGUGUAAAUCAGGGCAGCGUGGUGUAAAAUUUUGUGAAGAAUUGAGUAAUUUGUUACACAAUGUGCAACUUUUGAAAAGUGCUCUGUUUAAAACUGUAACAGAUAAUAAAAAUUCUGUACACAUAGAUAAAGUUUUGGGUAAUGCUAUAGGUUUACCACCUGGUAAAUAUAAAUUUGAUGAAAACGAAUUAUACAAAGACGUGACAGUUCUCAAACUGAUUACAAAUAGUGAUUUUUUUAAACCAAAUGUAAAUAAACCGGUUGCUGAUAGUACGAUAACGAAAAAUAAAAAUGUUGAGGAUGUGCAAUUGGAACCUACAGAAACGAAAAAAUUGAAACAAGAGUCUCGACAAGCAGAUGCAAAUUUUGCGUUGGCUAAUGACAGUCAACAAAAUGAAAUUUGUAAACAAGAUGAUAUCAAGAGUGCCAAAUCAGAUGAAAGUGUAUACAAUUUUUCUUCAAAGGCUGAUCCAGGGGACAACAAACCAUUGAAAAUAGAUGAAAAUGAGAUCACAGAUGGUUUCUCAAAGAAAAUGGAAGUAGAUAAUCAAAUGUUAUCAUCUGAUUUGUUAACAGAUAACUUAUUACUGCAGUCAUUACCUAACCCAAGAACCUCUGUAGAAGACCUUAUGUUGACUGGUGUUGAUAAUGGUUCUAAUUUAUUAGAUAACAGUACUAGUUCAGAUGAACUUAUGAAUGUUGAUCAGUUUGUAAAUGAAAGGUUUAAAAAAAUUAUUGGACCAGACUUGGAACUUGCUAAUACAUCCCUAAAUUUAGAUUUACCAAGUUUGGAACUUUUUCAGUUUCACACAAGUUGAUAUUAAAGGAGCAAUUCACUCAGAGAAAUGUGUUUUGAAAUAAUUAGAACUUUGAAGUACUUACUCUUUAGAAACAAAUGUUUUUGGAGCACUUUGGUGUGUGAAACGUUUGUGGAUCAGUCCAUGUAUGACGUCCAUCAUAUGAUGCAAAAAUAUUUUUCACCAAAAGAGUAAGUGCUAACAAACUAGUGUUGAUUCAGUUAUUUGAAAACAGGUUCUUUGAGAGAAUUGCUCCAUAAUUAAUGUAAUGAUAAUAAGUCUUAAAUUAUCUAGAAGGAACCCCUAUAACAGCUUUUUUUGUAAAAUAUAUGAAAGAAUAUAGUGUCUGUGUUGAUGUUACUUAAUUUGUAACCAAUACUUUAGAAAGUCACCAAUAAAAUCAUUGUGGUAUUAUA